CCCGCCCCGCGCCCGGCUCUAGGCGUCGGCUCGCAACCUCCGUUCCGUGGGCGGAUGAGUGCGGCUCAUUGACUGCUCCGUUUUUUUUUCUUCUUCAAAACACGUAACGCUUAAUUCUGCUUGGUUUUUUUCCUUCCCCACUUAAAAAUAAGGAGCAAGAACGCAGGCAAGAUGCAGGCGAUUAAGUGCGUCGUCGUGGGAGACGGAGCCGUUGGUAAGACGUGUCUCCUCAUCAGCUACACGACGAACGCCUUCCCGGGGGAGUACAUCCCCACUGUAUUUGACAACUACUCUGCGAACGUGAUGGUGGAUGGCAAGCCGGUGAACCUCGGACUGUGGGACACAGCCGGACAGGAGGACUACGACCGUCUGCGUCCACUCUCUUACCCUCAGACAGACGUGUUCCUGAUCUGUUUCUCUCUGGUGAGCCCGGCCUCUUUUGAAAACGUCCGUGCCAAAUGGUACCCGGAGGUGCGCCACCACUGCCCCAACACCCCCAUCAUCCUGGUUGGCACCAAGCUUGACCUGCGGGACGACAAGGACACUGUGGAGAAGCUGCGCGAGAAGAAGCUGGCGCCCAUCACCUACCCACAGGGCCUGGCCAUGGCCAAAGAGAUUGCAGGAGCAGUGAAGUACCUGGAGUGCUCGGCGCUCACUCAGCGCGGCCUCAAGACCGUGUUUGACGAGGCCAUCCGCGCCGUGCUGUGUCCCCCACCCGCCAAGAAGCGCAAGAAGAAGUGCCAGCUCCUGUAAAUCACCGCUUAACUCUCCACACUAACAACACACACUACGAGUGGAUUAGCGGACGAGCACCACUUGCAUCCGGAGGUUACCGCCAGCGCGAAGUGGUAACGUUGUUUUGGGUUGCGUACGGUUGGCUUCAUUAUUGGGCUACAUGUAGAGGCUGUGACACUGCAGGUGAUGCUGACAAAUACUAUUAAAACAAAAUUGUUGUUCUGCGUGAUAUUGUUUGCAAGAUAUUAAAACACACUUUCAUUUUCUCACCGAUUAAUGUGCGGCACAUGUCUGGUACCUCUUCGUAUCGUGUACAUAACCACACCGCUUUAAUUGUAGAAUUUGGAGGACCACUUCUGACCAACUUUACACGGACAUGAGAGUAUAAUAGGGAUCAAUUAACCUGGCGGAAAGACCCUAUUGACAUUCAUAAUUUCUGACUAUGGUGACUUUUAUUAAAAACAACGGUAUAACAACGAGCCAGUGCUGCUGAUAAUCUUUAUUUGAAUACCAGCUGCUCGCUUUACAUUAAUCCAGGAUCUAAAGUGUAGUGAGAUCAACGGUUUCAACUUGAGCACAAGUAAUUCCAUAAAAACAUCCGUCAUUAAAAUUACUUUCCCCUUAGCUCGCUACAAUGGCUAAAUUUCAAAAGGGGAUCUAAAAAUCAAUGUUAAGCAUAGAGCGGAAUUAAUCACCAUAAUUGUUGCUCACAAAAAAUGUCUUGCAAUUAACCUUUAAAAAAACAAAAAUGCAGUGUCUAGAUCACGAAACACUAAUAAAAAUAAUGUAGAAGUGAUAAAAUGACUGACAAAUCAUCCGCAUAAUGGUUUUGGUGAAAGUUGAAUUUUGUAAAUGCUGAAUGAAUUGAAAAAAGUACUGCAAGAUUAGGGUAUGAACUGAAUGUUUACAAUUCAACCGUUACACUAAUGGUUACAGAAUUAAUGUUUAAGCUGUAUAACCUGCAGUUAGUAAAAGAUAAGCGCAUUGAUUGAACAGCGGUCUUUGCCGUUCCAUUAAAUUCUUGUUAACAGUCUUUUAAGUUUUGUAUUUCCCAAUUAUAUUUCUGUUGGUUGUUCACUUUCCGUGGUUUGUGUGGGAAGGUUAGGAAUUGCAUUAGCGGUUCCCGCCACACAAACGGAACAACGCAAAGCUUUCAUCAUCACUAACACCGGACACAUUCUAUUCUGGUCAAUCUCGACACCGUGUCAAGGUUUUGCCAGUCGUCUCCUGAAUGCGUAGGAACGUGCAAAUGAAUUAAUAUCAGGGGGGGGGGGGGGCAUGUUUUAUGGCGAUGCAUAUUACAGUGUUACAAUGCAUGUGGCUAGUAGACUAUUGGACUGCAUAUGUCUAGGAUUGUGAGGUUUGCUGUGAGGUGGUGUUUGUCAAUCUCUUGUCGGCUUGUAUGUUCACAAUGCCUGGGAGAGGAAAAAAACACGAUUAAAAACUACCACACUACAGACACUGCAGCGGCAGCAAUUAUUAAUAAUCUUGGUUAAAUUCAAUGAGACACCAUUUCAAUAAGUUUCCACAGUACAUAUAUACAGAUUCACAAUCACAACGUUGAGGUUGGAGGAACCCAAUGAGCUAUGAAGCUUUUUUUUACAGAUGUCCAGUCUGAUCUUGUUAGCAAGUAACACGUGCAAGCAGUCUUAAGGAAUCUCACGUGAUAAUGAGCAAUCAAGAAGCUUGUAAAUUUCGAUUUAAAGCUUUCGUGACUGCAGGGAUUCAUCUUAUUGGUUCUUUCGGUAAAGUCACGUAGAAGGGAAGUAAUAAAAUAAUAAAAAUAAAACAAUAAAAUAAUUCUCACGACGUUUCGGCCACAACGCAAGCAGCCGUCCUCAGGUGAAAACCAGGUCCGUCGAGGCGACAGAAUCUUUCACAUGCAACUUGAAAACAGUGAAUUCUUGAUUGUGAGAAUCCUGAAACCAAUGCCUUCCAAAUUGCCAAAUGCAGAGCGGAUGAAACAGAAAGCGCAGCCUGUUCCGUCGACAUGUGCAGUGUUGCUGUAGAUACAUCCACCUUCCGUGAAUACACUUCUCUUUGGAAGGUGUGAAUGCCAAAAAAAAACGUGGGUCUGGCACGAUGGAAGGGGCCUGCCUUUAUUUUGUGGUUCGGUUUUAGUGUUUUAAUUUGCUACUAACAUAGUUUACCCCAUAUUGUUAACUUCAAUAUUACAGUAGUAGUCGCCCAAUAUCAGUCCUAUAAUAUGUAUUGUUGGUAUUCGUAUAUUACCCAGGGCCAGCACGUUAUCAUUUUAUUAGUUGACAAUUUUAAAAAUAAAUAUACUGUAUUUAAAUGUACCUUUUAAAAUUGUGACUAAUUAAAUAGAACUAUGUAGCACCCUCGUAUCCGUUGUGAUGUCUAUAUAGGUGUUUGGAUGAGAGAGGUGUUCAUUUUAAACUGACAGACCACAUUUACCUUUGUCAUGGUAUCCCUGUGUUUCAUAUGAUGCAGAAUCCGCAUGGCAGUGUAGAAACUUCACCACAGGCAAAAUAUUAUGGUGGUGCUGACAUUUUUUGUCAUCCACUUGGUCUGGCCAGGUACUGCGGUGGAUUAUUCCUACCUCGUCAAAGACAUCUGGCAAGCCAGCACGAGUAGGCCAAAAUACCCACUAUAGGCUCUAGAACUGUCUAGUGAAGACCACUGUGCCAACAUUGGCACGAGGAAGCAAUUCCGGGGCUACAACUCUACCAUCCAAAUUGAUGAUCGUUGAGCAGUUGCCAUAGCUACAGAUCCCCUGGCUUCUGAUGGUCUCGGGGUUCCAGGAUCAAUACGACAAAUGUGAGAAGUUGGACUGCUGGUUUUUGUACAGAUACCGUGGCAACAUCUUAUCAAUGCACAAUAUAUUGUUUUUUUUGUUCAGGACCGAUUUUAAUUAAGUGGUUCCAAUACUUGUAGUGUAAAAUUCACCAAUUACCAGGCACGGAUAUAACAAUUCAUGUAUGGAAUUAUUCUGAUCCCUGGUGGAUACAAUUACCACUGGUAUAUUUACAUCAUUUGAAUACCGCAAGUCAAAUUUAGAAGCAACAGCAGUAGUAGUGACAAACUUAUCAUGGCUCACACUCAACUUUGCACCACUAUCAUACUUUAUAAUAGCCAUAUUGUUGUGUACCCACCACACUCUCGGCCACAAUCGUGGCUUUCAAUGUAAAAAUAGGGCCAAAGCACCCCGCGUCAAAUUCUAGCUUCAAUAUCUCAACACUAACCCUGUCUGCUAUUUUCACUGUAAAGAGAUGUGUGAACAAAACGGUUUUUAUUGAAAUCUGGUACUUAGAUGGUAAUUGUAUAUUUCAUCUACGAGUCAAUUUAAUGUAGCCUCGUAGGGUUGAUUUUCAGUUUGAGAGCCCCUGUUUAAUUCGCUUAAUUUACGUUUGUUGAUGUGUUUAGGGGCAAUGUGCUCUUUGUACAGACACUGGUACAUUAUCACUGUUAAUAUUUUUCAUCACAAAUAAAGCUGAGCAUGCUGUGUAUUAAAAACGUAAACAUUAAAAGAGGUAACCACCAUGUACCGAGCCAGCGGUUCCUAAUUUUUUAUUGACCAAUAAUUCCUUACCCUUGAAAAAUGUCUUAUAUUCCCAUUACAAUUAUAACAACUCGUGAGAACUGUUAUAUAGCUUAUGAGCAAAGUAUUUACUUGUGCGGGGGAGGGAGGAACUAGUUGUAGCAUCGCCACUAGCUGGCAGGCAAUACUCAGUUGCAGUUCAGCGGUGUCUACUUUGUGUCGCGUAGACAGUUGCUACCGGGGAUCUCCUAGGCUAGUUUGGCUUCGGGCAAUGGCAUGGUUGAGAUGAUGUGACUUGGGGUGCUUUCAGAUGCCGAGGUAUUUCAGUACCCGAUAAAUGAAGAUAUUUUACAAAUAAAGUAAUGGUGAGUUCAUCUAUAACUAAUGUUGCUGACAGAAGCCUGAUCUAUCGAGGAGGGAGCAAUGUGGAGAAACCCUCCCCCCCCCCUUAUGUCGUCUCAAAUCCUCGGCACUUUCACCGAGCCCUCCUAAUGCUUGAGCCCCCAAUGAUUAUGUAAGCCCAUUACACUAAACCCAGCUUAACAGGUUAGUGAGUAUGUUCAGUUUGCGUCGCGUUUUCUUUAUUCCAUGCCCAUGGACCGCAUUGCCACGUUAUGCUUAUGUAGUAUAACGCUACUUUUCCUCAAUCCUUGGAACUACAUUCAUUAAGUGUAACUGCGUAGGUUAUAGCGGUUGUGCUGUAUACCUCUCAGCGAUAUUUUUGGGGUUGUACCAAAUGUUGUUCGGGACUAUGUCCAACUGGUUCCUGAAGAAGCUGCCAGUUCGUGGGGCGAAACGUCGGACAUCCUGCCGAACAACACCCAGUACAACCCGAAAGCAAAGUGAGUGAUACUCAACAGCAUGUGGCCUGAAGUCUAUGUCGAGGCUCCAGAAGUCUCACAUGCAGAACGCCACAACAUUUGGCAUUGUGAACUGUUCGUGUGCCACCUUCCUUAAACCUGGCUCCCCCAUGUACAAAAGUGCAGGAGAUCAUGCACACGACAUAUCCUUCUCACUCUUGUAAACGCCUCAUAGAACCGUACCUGCAUGUGGCAGAAUUAUUCACGCAGUCCUUUCCAAACUGCCUCGAUUGUAAAAAAAAAAUUGCGAUGAAAUCACAUCCGCAGGGUUAUUGGAAGUCCACUGUUUCUCCGAAAUGAGAAACGAAAAAUUUAGUUGCUGCGUACGCGUUCUCGUGGACAUGCUGCAAUGCUGCUAUCCGAUGAGUUGGGGUUUUGUGCCACGUGUUUGCUGGACUUUGAGAACAGCGAGCUGCGCAGUUUCAGUUUUGAAGAAGCUCCCAGCACGUGGAGCGACACUUUUGGGACAUCAUGCCGAACUAAACGCGGCACAGCCCGAAAACAUGGGGGGAAAGCCGUAACACUGAGUCAAUUUUAAUUUGCUGUGCAUUGUGGUGAGUUUAAAGGAAAAUCAGACGAUGCAGACAUUAGCACCUUUGUGUAUUUUCACUAUUUGUCCAAAGGUUUUUCUUUUUUGAUUUAAAGCUUUCGUGACUGCAGGGAUUCAUCUUCUUGGUUCUUUCGGUAAAGUCACGUAGAAGGGAAAUAAUAAAAUAAUAAAAAUAAAACAUAAUAAAAUAAUUCUCACGACGUUUCGGCCACAACGCAAGCAGCCGUCCUCAGGUGAAGAACAGGGCUGUCAGAAAGACAGCGUUGCCGAAACGUCGUGAGAAUUGUAUUUGAUUGUUUUAUUUUUAUUAUUUUAUUAUUUCCCUUCUACGUGACUUUACCGAAAGAACCAAGAAGAGGGGUUUUUAUUUUUGUUCGUGAUCGCAAGUGAACUGGUCAGGCUGCUUGUCUGAUUUUUCCAGGUCCCUUAAGAAAGUGGCAAAGUGGUGUCGGUGAUUUGCUACGAGCUUGGUUUCGUGUUAAACUUCUGGUGAACGAAAACGCGUUUAAAUGUAACUCCUAAACCCUACAUAUGAAGUCUUAAUGUUCGUCAAAGAUAAAUCGUAUAAUAAAAUGUAAACCUCAUGACUUUGGUAGUUACCCCUUAAUCAUGACUUUAACGUCAUAAACUAUAAAUAUAUAUUGAUAAAACCUUAUUCAAUUUCUAAUUUGUAAACGUUGCCAAUAAGACAUUUCUGUAUGUUACUAUUUUCUAAAUCUAUUGACAGGUUUGUUUUGACAAAUAAUUCAGCUUUACCGUGGUAUAUAAUGACAGUUUUUGGUUUUCACUGACGCAGGCGUGCUUGUUGUAAUGUAGGUCUACUGCUAAUAACCACGUGAAGCAUAUAGCGGAGAUAAUGAACACCUGUUUAUCUUCGUACAUUGAUUUGUGACUUUUAGGCGAGUAAUAAAAGUGCAUGAGGAAACUGG